GGUCCAGUGUGUUUGGAAGACGUAGCUUUUCGUUUCACACACAAGGACUGGGCGUUGCUGGAUCCUGACCAGAGAGCUCUGCAGAAGGAAGUCAAGGAGGAGAAUUGUGGGAUCCUGGACACUCUGGUAAGUCUCCCUGCUGGAUCAUCAGAUCAGUUUUGAAAUUCCAUACAGAUCUCUGUAGGACAAACCUCUGCAAUUUUGAGGGAGCCUAAUAGCGCCAGCUACAGCGUCUGAGAUUUUAACACACCCACAACUCUUCUUGAAUGGAAAACUAUCGAUGUGUAUGUGUGUGUGUGGGGUAUCUCCUGUUUUAUCUGGGAAUAUUCUUCCACCAAAAGUUUGCAAACGCAUUGCAGGAGAUCCUGGGGUCCCUACCAGGCCCCGAUAACUCAGACACCCCAGGGUCCUUGUACUUGAGGAAUCUGGGAAAUGACCUUAUUGACAGAACUGAAAAGAAUUUAUUACAAUCCUUCUGUGCUCUGCCACAAGACGCCCAGAAUGAAAUACUCUCCAGAUUUGACCUCUUAAGUUCCUGACUGAUAAGUUUGGAGAAGGAGCAGAAGGCCUCAUGCAAGCAAAGCUUGACCCUUUGUGCUCCAGAUCCAGCCCACUAGAUAUAACACCGUGAGUUAGAUUUAUGGGCUGAAAAGCCACCCCCCUCCACUAACAGCAGGUUACUGAACCUUCUUUCCUACCAAUUGGAGAUGAAAAACUUCCCCAAAGAUUUGGUCCCCAUGCAACCCCUGACAGAGGCGGGAUAUAAAUAAUAAAUUAUUAUUAUUAUUAUUAUUAAAUAUGGCCACAACAUCUGCCUGGCUUGUGAUGAGAGAGCUCAAAGAUUGUGAACAGGGCUCUCCAUACAAAGCACCUAGCAUGGGGGCACCUACAUGUAAUAUCUAUUCUGCUGUUUUCUGCCCAUGCUCUGGGGCUGGUUUUCAGGCUUGGGGACAGGAUGGUGACUGGUUUUUGUACCAAGUUCUGUCAAUUAUCCCCACUGAGUUCAAUGGGAUCUAAUCUCACGUCACUACUGUGCAGACCAUGCCAGGCUUGCAAGUGGGGUGAGGAGCAUACAGAAGAAAUUGGAAUCACUGGAGAUCUUUAGAAAUGGGGCUUCUCUUGAGAAGGGGCUGCCCCAUUUGUGCUUCUCCAGGGGCAGGAGAUUAUCUAGGGCAAGAAAAUCCCUGCAGGGCCUCUGAAACUCCCUUUGCUUCUUCCUCUCUCCCAGGACCCUGCAGCUUGUUGUGGCUUCUUGACUGCUCAGGAAGGAUUAAAGAGACGGAUCCUGCAAAGCUAG